CAAACCAUUUAAAGAAAUAGAUUAAAGAAGAUAACCUCACAAAACAUAUAAAAUCAAUCAAACUGAAAUAGCAAACUAGAAAGAAACCUCUAGGUUUGCAAUGAGGGCAAAGAUCAUUUUUUGCACAGCAGUGUCUGUUGCCACAUUAGCAGUUAUUCUCUUAGCCUUGGUCUCACCGGUAGCUCAUAAAAAAAUGAAGAAGAUCCAACCAAGCAACAGCGCCUGGCUUACUCUUUCGCUAUAUAUCCAACAUCCCCAUUCGGAAACCAUAAAAAACCAACCAAAACCAAGAAUAAGUGCACAUCCUGGAGCAUAUGUGUUCCACCGAACUCUUACAGAGGGGCCUGAGAAUACAUCGAGAAUAGUCGGUAACGCUCAAGGUUUCAUACUCCCAACUGAGCAUUUUGCUCAUUCUGCUUUCAACAUUAUUUAUCUUACAUUCGAUACGCCAGAGUUUUCUGGUAGCAUUAGUAUGCAUAUAGAUCACAAGACCAGGGAAGAGCUUACGGUUGUUGGUGGGACGGGCUCUUUUGCUUUUGCUCGUGGUCUUGCCAUUUUUGCACCGAGGUCGUCGAACUCCCAAGAAUCUGAUGUUAUUGAUGCAAGGUAUCAAUUGAAACUUCGUUUAAAGUUCCCUAACCAGGUGAGGAGGACAGUUCCGGGAUGAGACAAAAACCCCAUGCUACUUCACGCUUGCAUAAUAUGCGUGCAUUUUUCCCGAGUGUUCUUGUUGUUAUAGCUUGAAUUCUUUGCUGAGCCAAAGGCAGUUUCUUUUCUUUCCUUUUCUGUUUAUUCAUUUGUUUUGGUGAGACAAUUACACACUUUGCCGUCAGUUUCAUAUUGACAACAUUUUUACAUACGUUUUCUGGAAGUAUCAGAAGAUAAUAGUAUUUGACUAAGCUUAGUAACGUGGGAGUAUGGCUAAAGGUACAACGGUCUUUUAUCCUUGUAAACUGUGCAAUAACCAUCCCAUCUAAUUCACUCUUCCGGAACCGAGCAGCAGCUUUUAACAUUGCAACUUUUUUCUUCUUCUAAAUGAAUACUACAACCUAUUCUGAAGUGAACUGAUUUAAUAGUGCCGAUUAAUGGGACAAAUAGUUUUCAUGACUGGCUUAAUGACAUGUAUAACAAUCGGGAUAGAAAUGGGUAUGUAAUGAAUUGGUCUGUUUUUUUGUAGCAUUGUUAUUUGGCAUGUAUCGAAAGCAAGGUGCAAACAGAAUAGUGCUGCAACCUUGUGUUUCAGAAAACCAAACAGAAUAGCGUUGAAACUGCAAAAAUGAUUGUCAAGUAUAUUAAUAGUCUGAUGAAUAUUAAUAAUGCCGAUUAUAACAUAAUGCAAGAACGGUGUUCUCUUUCUUUAAUGUUCAUGUUCAUAUCCUCGAGGAUCAUCCUUAAGGUUUCCAGAAAUCUGAAAUGAGUGAACAUUAUAGUAAGAGAACAAUGCUGUGAAACAUUUGACAACUCAACAAGAGGAUGAGGGAAGCAUCACAGAAAGUUUUUUUUUUGUUCAGGUUGAUGAGCAACAUUAUUCAUCUGUCGGUUUGAUAAUUUUCAUAUAUGAAAAUACUAUAGAUAGAAGUACUGGUUUGAAUUUAUUAGGUUUGUGUAAGUUUUGGUUUCAGCUUUCCUAAUUGUGUUUAAACUCCCUUGAGUACCUAACAAAAAUAUAGGUUCCUUAUUUCUUAUCAAUGAAUUCAUUAUAGUGAGCUUUUUCUCUUUUUUACUUUCAGCGAAUACACGUGAAAGUAAAAGCUGAGAAUGGCUGUCAUUUUAAUGGGACCAGUAGAAAUAAGUUCCGAAAUAGUAAUCGUAUAUGACAUAAAUUGAGCAUUGUCUGGAUUCAUGAAAGAUUAUAUAUUUUUUUUCUAUCUGGCUACGUACACUUUCAGGUAACUAUUAUAUAUUAUUUUUCUAUCUGGCUACGUACGCUUUCAGGUAACUUGGCAUUUUUUGUUCAUAGCCAUUGCUUAUUCAGGGUCCAGAAACAGUACGAGGGUGGUAAUAAGAUUGGGUGAUGCGGAUUUGGUACUCUAUGCAUGGUCUGGACGACAAAUACAGUGCAAUGGCAUCAUAUUUUAGUGGCUAUACAAUCUAAAUAUUGAAGCCGUGAAGAAAAAUCUAUGAAUUAAGUUGUAUUCCUAAAAUCCUAACUGCAACCAAAAUACAAAGGUUCGGUUUUGUUUUUCAGUUGUUAUUUCUUAACAAAAUAAAGAUGGCACCAUGCUUUUGAACCUUACAGGGAUGCUUUCCAACCUAACUGUUGUACAUGAGUAAACGUCUUUCCUUGCAGCUGCUCGGUCCACUCCUGACCAUCACUCCACCAGUAUUGCUAGGAUUUACUAUGGUAAUGUUGUUUCGCUCCCAAGCAAAUGUGGUGUUAAUAUUCCUUAUAUGAUCUGCCCUUCCCUUACGCAAUGCUAAUCUGAAAUAUAAUUUUUGUUAAGUGUCUGUGUAGUAUUAUUAAACGAAAAAAAUGCAGUUGAUACUUCUGUUAAAAGAGUUCAGCUGCUGCUGACAUUUUUGAGUUGAUUACUAAAUUUAGGAGUUAUUGUCACUUUGUUGGUAGCCUAUAUGUCCUCCAAUUGAAUCCUUCUUUCUCAUCCUUUAGUCUUUUCUUACACAAUGGUCAUCGUUUAGUCUUUUCUUACACAAUGGCGAGUAACGGGACAACAGACGGGAAAGCUAGCGUUAAAUUAGAGAUAUUAAGCUUUUCUAAGAAAAUUGAAUAUCUCAUUUUCUACAGUGGUGUCAAUAUCUCUUCUACAGCUAAUCCAGCUAUUCCCAAUGAAUUUUGCUCCAUUCAAUUGAAUCUCUUCUUUCAUUUUCUCCUCAUUGUUAAUUUUUUAUUCAUUUAGGCUCAGACAAUUGCAUUUACUUAAGAAGAAAAACCAUGGGCUCCUACUACUACUAGACAAAAGCAGGGAGCCGUCGCAAUAAAGCUUCUGGCAUCGAUUCUUUAACCCCAAAAUGCCGGUAAAUAUGGUUGAUAUAUGCGGUAGAGAUUGGAAUCUUGGAGAAUGCAAGGAACAAAGCAUUUGAGAACGGAUUUUCCAUGAUUAGGUUAAUUCUUUUAAGAACUUAUAAUGAUUUUUCCUUACGAUCAAUAGUGCAUAAAAAUUCUCUCCUUCAAUCAAAGCUUCUCUUACUUAAAGUUUGUGUCAUAUGAACCAUUUUUUUUUUUUGCGUGGGAUCUUCUAUUCAUUUAACUCCAAGAAGACCAAUUGUUUCAGAUUUUACACCUAGAAGGCUUUGGCUUUCGUUGUUAUAAUGCAGGUAAGUGCUGAAACCAUGUACCAUCCUUAUUGAUGUUUCUUUCCACAUUUUCCACAUUUUAGCAAUGUAUGAAAAUGAUAUUAGACUACCUGAGGUCAAACACAUAUCCAAAGGAAACUCUUAGAAAUUAUCAAAGUUACAUUCGAGGCCUAAGUACACCCAUUGCCGGAGAUUCGGUAUCAAGUGAUAGUCUCUUACUUCUGGUGGGCGAAAAAUUGACAGAGUGCGGGUUGUUUAUUUAUUUUUAUUUCUUUGAAGCAUAAAAGGUGUGGGUUGGGUUGGAAGGAUCAAUGAAAAUAACUUUUUCUUUUUGCAAUUCUUAUGCUUUAUGGGCAAUUCUUAUGCUUUAUGGAAAACGACCAUAUUCUUAAAGUUGAUUUGACGUACUUCGAUGUUUGUGUUGCCAACAUCCCUUAUCAAAUCUCUUCUCAAUUUUAAGUUACAGACGCAUAUACCUUAUUUAUAAUGAGAUUGAUAGCAUUUGUCUCAUGGUGUAACAUUUACACCUUUAGCCGAAGCUUGCCCAAGAAUGAUUUCGACUGCAAUCUCUUUGGCUAGAUUUUACUUGAUUGUUUAGAGAUAUAUUGUGUUUUUUGUUAUUUUUCUUACUUCCAUUUUCGGAGGCCUCAGUCCUGGACAAAGCUAACCCUCACCUAGCCAGAGGGUUUCAUCACAGGUAAACAUUGUAGUAAUCAAACAAUGAAAAUCAACCCAAUCGACCUAAGUUUAAUUUUUCGUGUAGGUAAUUCUUCCCACGAACUAGAGAUAUAUCGAUGCACUUAAGAACUGACUAUGCCUCUGCACACUGUUUAGAGAUAUCUUUAUAGAAUUAGGACCGUUUCGUCCAGCUAGGAAUUGUAUUUUUGUUCAUGUUUUUCUGUUCAUGGAAUUAUCAUUGCUCACUAUAUGGAUUUGAUUGGAUUUAAUUCUCAUUCUUAGUAGUAGUUAGUAAUAGUGCUUGCACGUUCUAGAAAACUAAAAAUUUCUUAACUCGGAACAAGGUGAACCCUAAAACAGUCAAAUCUUAAGCUUAGGUUUUGUAAGACUAACCCAUCUUUUUAACUAUUCGUUCUGUUUUUGUUGAUUGAUUUUAACACAUACAGUACAUUAAUAUUUACUCGGUAUUUUUCCUGAUUUAAAUCGUUGUCCCUGUUUUUGUUUUUGAUUUUUUAGUUUCUUGCUUUUCAGUAGAUCAUGUACGUCUUCGGUGUUGCAUGUUUAUCUCUUACAGUCUCUUUACCCUCAACAAAAAAUCCCUUCUUCCACUGGAUGGGAUCACAUGGGAUCAUGAAUGAGACGGUAAUGCGGUUUGUGUCUAUGUUUCCCUUUUUGUUUUUGACAAUUGAUUUCCUGAAUUUUAUUUCAGCAGAUAUGAAGCUACAAGAAUACAAAAUAUGGGAGUUUUGGGGAAAUUCUAAAUUAUGAGGUUCUGAAUUAGUCUAUAACAUUAAGCCAUACACCUGGGUUUGUGUUUAUGCAUGUUCUGAAUCUCCAAUCUUUUAAUCUAAUAGGUGGAAGCAGUGAAUAAUGUGAAAGAUAUAAUUUAAAGACUCAAAGGAAGAGACAACCGUUGUCUGAAUAAGAUGAAGAGCGAAUUGUACAUCAAAGAAAGAAAAAAACUCUUUGGAGGACUCCCGCGGAUCCUUGAUCAAGAGCUGAGACAUUUGGAUAACAAGGAUGGUGAAUGGCAAGAUAUGAAGCAACAGGCUUCCCUGGAAAGUUGUGUAAGAUUUGAGAUUUCUGUCGUAUAUAUUUUUAAAAAGGUAAAACAAUCUUCGUGCAUUAGCACCAUGAGUUAUUAUAUGAGACCCGACUGUUUUAAGUUA